UUUCCACGCCGCUUUCUUUCGAAAUCCAUUUAUUUAUUUACGACCGGCGAGUUUCGAUUCCAAAGCCAAUCUCCACUACCAGUCUGCCAUCUACGCCGGUGCUUGGCACCGCCGAUCGGGUACAGACAGAAAUGGGUUCCCACCUCUACCAAUAUCGCCUUUCUUUACUCACUUUUCUCUCUCUCGUCCUUCUCGUUCACUCCAACCUGAAUCUCGAACCUUCAGAUUUCGAUGCUCUCUCUCUUAUCCACAAAGACUUGGGUGGUUUCAACAGUCAACGCUAUUUAUCAGAGAAUCCGUGUUAUUCGGCCGCUGGUAUCUUCUGCGAGAGGAGAUUCUUCGGUGACUCGCCGGUGCUCCGCAUCACAAGAAUUGUCUUGGAAUCGCAGCAGCUCGAUGGAUUUCUUUCUCCUGCAAUCGGUCGUCUCACGGAACUCAGAGAGCUCUCUCUCCCUGACAAUCACCUCGUUGACAAAAUUCCUCGACAAAUCAUUGAUUGCCGGAAAUUGCAAAUCCUAAACCUGCGAAACAACCGCUUUUCUGGCAGAAUCCCAUCAGAACUCUCCUCUCUCGUAAGCCUCCGAUCCCUUGAUCUAUCUUCAAAUAGCUUUUCGGGCGAUUUGAGCUUUCUGAAACAUUUUCCCAAACUAGAAAAUCUUUCCCUUGCCGACAAUCUGUUCACCGGAAAAAUACCGGCAUCCUUGCGUUCUUUUCGAAAUCUCAGAUUUCUUGAUCUAUCCGGGAACGAAUUCCUGCAAGGUCCGGUGCCUAAGUCGCUGAACCGGGUCCAACACUCGAAAUCCGGUUUAGGGAUGAAGAAUAUUCUCCCUAAGCGUUACAUACUCGCUGAGAAUAAUACGAUAAAGAAUCACACCAAUUCUACCGUGAAGCCGCCUCUCAGUAAAACUAAUUCCAGUACAACCGAUUCUAAUGAAGCCAAAGCUCCUUCGUCUUCAGAAAAAACCCAUAAGCAGGACACGAGCAAAAAGAAGCUCAAGGGCUGGAUCUUCGGAUUCCUUGCCGGUGUGACUAUAGGACUGAUAUCUGGAUUGAUUGUGUCUUUAUUGUUUAAAUUACUACUCAUUUGCAUAAGAGGCAGGGUCAAAGACCCGGGCCUUGCUAUCUUUAGUUCACUGAUUAAGAAGGCCGAAGAUUUAGCAUUCUUGGAAAAAGAAGAUGGGCUUACAUCUCUGGAGAUCAUUGGACGAGGAGGAUGCGGAGAGGUUUACAAGGCUGAAUUGCCGGGAAGCCAAGGGAAAAUUAUAGCAAUCAAGAAGGUAAUACAGCCCAACCCCAUCGAUGCAAUUGAACUAGCAGAGGAAGACAGUAAGCUUUUGACGAAGAAGAUGAGGCAAAUUCGUUCGGAAAUCCAAACUGUGGGUCAGAUUCGGCACCGAAACCUGCUCCCUCUGCUAGCCCAUGUGCCACGACCCGAUUGCCACUACCUGGUGUAUGAAUACAUGAAGAAUGGGAGCUUACAAGACAUGUUGAAUAAGGUAUCAGAAGGGAAGAGAGAACUGGAUUGGUUGGCACGACACAACAUUGCGUUGGGAGUGGCCGCCGGCCUUGAGUAUCUCCAUAUGCACCACAACCCUCGUAUAAUUCACAGAGAUCUCAAGCCUGGAAACAUACUUCUCGACGAUGAUAUGGAGGCACGCAUCGCUGAUUUUGGGCUAGCGAAGGCGUUACCAGAGAUGAACACCCAUGUCACAACCUCCAAUGUGGCUGGGACUGUUGGAUAUAUUGCACCUGAGUACCACCAGACACUCAAAUUUACAGACAAGUGUGACAUUUACAGCUUUGGCGUCAUUCUAGCAGUGUUGGUUCUGGGCAAACUGCCUUCAGAUAACUUCUUUCAGACCACAAAGGAAAUGAGCCUGGUCAAAUGGCUCAGAAACCAAAUGAUCUCUGAGAAUCCGGGCGCGGCCAUCGAUCCCAAGCUGAAGGGGAAUGGGUACGAGAACCAAAUGCUGCUGGUUCUCAAAAUUGCUUGCUUCUGCACUGUGGAUGAUCCAAAGGAGAGACCCAACAGCAAGGAAGUAAGGACUAUGCUGUUUCAAAUCAAGCAUGAAACAUAGUACCCUGUCCAAUGGUGAACCGUGAAUGUAAUUAUAUAUAUAUAUAUAUAUAUAUGUCGGUGUAUUGUUUUGUGGUUUUAGCGUUAUGUUGGAAAUUAGUUGGCUGUUAGUUAUUUUUAUCGUAGCAUAUUAGUAUGAGAUUUGUUUGAUGAUCAAAGAGCUCCAUCAAUGUAAAAAAUAUAAUUUUAAUUUUAGGAUUUCCAUGUCCUUUGCUUAAA